CGGACCCCACGCACAGCUGGCUGUAGCGGCUGGAUCCGCCUUCCCGGCGAGCCGGAGCCGGGAGCCCCGCAAAGAGGGGCUCCGGGCUUGACAGCGGCAACGCGGGCCACUGGCUCCACCGAGGCACGAUGAGCCGGUCGACACCGUGAAGCUGGGCUUCUGGUUGCCAGCGGGAUCCAGAAAUGGGGUACUGGAGGACACCGGCUCUGCUUUCCUUACUGCUGCUCUCCUUGUCCUGCAGCGCCCGCCGCAGCCUCAAGACCAACCUGUGCAAGUGGUGCGACUCCACGGCCCCAGCCUGCGAGGAGAAGGUGUGCUACAGCAACUGCAACCUCAACUCCUACUGCGAGGACCCCUACGAGAUCUGCGUGGCAAUAUGGAGACAGGACAACGAGAGCAUCAGGAUCAGCACGCUGUGCCACAACCCCCAGCGCCCCAUCGAGAACCUCAUGGUGCCCAACUACAACACCUCGCGCUGCGUCAUGAGCCACCAGCCCAGCGAGGACGGGAUCAUCUACAUCUGCGGCUGCGUGGACGAGCAGGAGUGCAACGACAAACUCAUCUUUGAGAACCACACCAAUGGCUACUCCAUGCUGCAGAGCAAAGAGGUGAUCCCAGUGGCUGCCAUCAGCCUCCUGCCCCCGCUGCUGGUGGCGGUGAUGAUCACGGUGAUAUUUUACCUCUGCCGCACGCAGAAGCGACGCAAGAGAGCCAAGGCCUGGGCUGGGAAACAGGGACAGCCGCCGGCGCUGCUGGAGCAGGGGAAGGCAACGGAGCGGGAGGAGAAGCUGUCGGUGCUGAUGGACGAGAGCCCGGCCGGCACCAGCGCCGGCCGCCGCCCCGCUGAGCUGCUGCCCAUCGAGCUGGACGAGAUGGUGGGCAAAGGGCAGUUCGCCGAGGUGUGGAGGGCCAAGCUGAGCCGCAGCCACUCGGGGCAGUACGAGACCGUGGCCGUGAAGAUCUUCCCCUGCGAGGAAUACUCCUCCUGGAAGAACGAGAGCCAGAUCUUCACCGACAGCAGCCUCAGGCACGACAGCGUCCUGCAGUUCCUCACCGCCGAGGACCGGGGCGCGGGGCCCCGCCGGGAGUACUGGCUCAUCACGGCCUACCACAGCCGCGGCAACCUCAAGGACUACCUCUCCCGCCACGUGCUGAGCUGGAUGGACCUGCAGAAGAUGGCCGGGUCCCUGGUGAGCGGGGUGGCCCACCUUCACAGCGACUACACCGCCUGCGGCCGCCCGAAAAUCCCCAUCGCCCACCGCGACAUCAAGAGCACAAACGUCCUGGUGAAGAACGAGCAGGAGUGCGUGCUCUGCGACUUCGGCAUCGCCAUUCGCCUCGACCCCUCCCUGACGGUGGAUGACUUUGCCAACAGCGGGCAGGUGGGCACCGCCAGGUACAUGGCCCCAGAGGUCCUGGAGUCCAGAGUGAACCUGGAAGACCUGGAGUCUUUCAAGCAGAUGGAUGUCUACUCCAUGGCCCUUGUUCUGUGGGAAAUGGCCUCCAGAUGUGAAGUGGUAGGAGAGGUAAAGAAUUAUGAGCUGCCUUUUGGGUCAAAAGUCCAGGAGCAGCCUUGCGUGGACACCAUGAGGGACAUCGUGCUGCAUGGCAGAGGCCGGCCCGAGAUCCCAAGCAGCUGGCUGGUGCACCAGGGAAUGCGCUUCCUGUGCGACACCAUCACGGAGUGCUGGGACCACGACCCCGAGGCUCGGCUCACGGCCCACUGUGUGGCUGAGCGCUUCAACCUGAUGGCACAGAUGGAUUGUGAUGACAUCCUCAACAACAACACGGACAACGAGGCCAGCAAAACAGCUUCUCCAGAUACAGCGAACUGUGGAAUCAAUAUUUUGGUUAAAAUGAAACAUUAUUACAUGAGCUGACUUUGUACUUACUUAAAAUGUAUAAUGAUGCAAGGCAUUCCUUUUAUUAUUUUUUAAAAUAAUGUUUAAUCUUUUAUUAAUAUGCACCCGAAUUCCAAGUCUGUCUUUUUUAAGUCCUUCCAUACUGUCAUCAUGAGUUUCUUUUCUAACUUAUUCUGCAGUGAUUAAAACGAUUUCCCUCUUUUUAACGGCCUACACACACACAAAAUCUGUUGUAGCAGGAAAAAAAGACAUCGUGAGGUGUACUGCACCCUGUAUGGAAGAAAUGCUGACAUCCAAGAAAAUCACUCAUGCAACACCGUGCAAAGAUCCACAAUGAUCCAGUUUGUAAAAGCCUGAUACGAUGCAACUCCAACAUACCUUUCUUCACUGGGUUAAUUGAGAGUUCAGGUGGGUGCAUCUCAGGGAAGCUUCUUUGAGAGAGAAAAAAGAAGUCACCAGUGUAGACAUGGCUGCUUCACCCUAAAAACUCUCCAUGCAGGAUAUCUAGACAAUCCUUUCCCCCAUCAGACCAGUUUCCAGCCACCUCUAGCCAGAUCUGUGCCACAGGAACUGUGUCAACACAUGAUGUUGGCCAGUUCUUCUGGAAACUCUCACACGUCCCUGCUGGGCGACCCCACCUGGGGAAACACGAUCAGACCCAACUGAGACCUUUAUUCCCACCGUCACCAGAUCAACCCAGGCUGCCUCUGUUCUGGAAACCAAUGAAGGAAAGGUAAGUCACGCCUCACUCUGAACCCUGGUACUGUGCAAAUCCCUUCACCCCUGGGAGCAAAGAGCUCUGGUGCUCCUAAGCCCUGCAAGCCCAUACCUGACACACAGAGGUGACCUGACCUACACAGAGGUGUAUUUUUUGGGAUAGCAUCCGAGAGGAAGACAUUUCUUGCCAUCACACAGCUGCAUGGAUCAGCCCAGGAAGAGGGGAAGGGAGCAAACCAUGCAACAGCCACAGGUUUUCUACAGCUCAGGCUGCUCAGUGUGGAGCAGGGAAGCAGAUCUGCAGGGUUGGUUUGGUUCUCUUAAGUGCUCAGCUAUGACAGCAUUAACCCAUAUUAAAAAACCACUUUUCUUCUCUAGCUAUUGUUUCCACCUCCCUGAACUGUUUUUACAGCUGCUAAAUUAAAAGCCUAUUGUCUCUAAACACUUCAAAGAGGGACAGAAGUGGAAUAAAUUAGGUUUCACCAAAUCUAAAUAACAAAAAAUUUGCUUAGCUACCACUUAUACCAUCUGCAACUGUGACCACACCUGUCAUUCUCACUAAUCUUCACCUGGCUGCUACCUCCUGACACCUCAUAAUUUUUCAAGUUAAUCCUUUUCUCUUGAAGCACACCCUCCCCAGUUCCCCACAAAUACACCUUUUCCAACCCACCUGACUUCAGCCUCAUUUCUUUA